UGUGUGUUUGUGUGUGACGCGCUGUGGACAUUUAACACCAGUCUUUCCUCACGCGCCUCAAGAGAGUGAGUUCAGAGAGCAGAUUGAUCAGCGUGAGAUGCGAACAUCAACUCUGCUUUCAUUCGACAGACGGAACGAGUCAGAGACGCUGGGUGUGUGAACAUUGAAUUGGCAGAAAACAGUCAGGACUGACUUGAGCCAUCAGGAUGCUUUCGGUUGUGGUUUGUCUACAGCUGUUUCUGGCCUCUGCUUUCAUGCAACCCACCAGUGAUUACUGGGAUGAGUGGGGCCCGUAUGGCGAAUGCAGUCGCACCUGUGGCGGUGGGGUUACCAUAAGGAUGAGACGAUGUGUAACCAAGCGGACUGAUGGAGGUCACAGCUGCGUGGGUCCAGAUAAGUCCUAUCGCUCAUGUAAUAUCCAGGACUGUCCUGAGGGAUCCAGGGAUUUCAGAGAGGAGCAGUGCUCUCAGUUUGAUGGCACUGAUUUUCAAGGAAAGCGCUACAAAUGGCUGCCAUACUAUGGUGGAGAAAAUCCCUGUGAGCUGAACUGCAUUCCCAAAGGUGAGAACUUCUACUAUCGGCACAAGUCUGCGGUGGUGGACGGCACACCCUGCCACCCUGGAGGAAAGGACAUCUGUGUUGAUGGUCUCUGUAAGCGUCUUGGCUGUGAUAACAUGCUGGAGUCACAUCAGGAGGAGGAUCCCUGUCUCCAGUGUGGAGGAAACGGACAGUCAUGCAGUCUAGUCAAAACCAAUUUCUCAAUGCGCAACCUGCCCAAAGGUUACAAUCAGAUGUUCAUCAUCCCUGUCGGGGCGACCUCUAUCCGCAUAAAGGAAAGAGUACCAACACGCAAUUACCUUGCAAUCAAAAACUUGCGUGGUGAGUACUACCUUAAUGGACACUGGGUGAUCGAUUACUCUCGCGCUGCACCUAUUGCCGGCACCGUGCUGUAUUACCAGAGGGGAACAGAGGGGGAAAAGACUCCUGAGAUCAUCACAGGUCGUGGCCCGACCACUGAGCCCCUAGUGCUAGAGCUCAUCACUCAAGAGGACAAUGAGGGAGUGGAGUAUGAGUAUUAUCUGCCGAACGGACGCACAACAGAGGGAUACUACUGGAGCUACGGCUCCUGGUCUGCCUGCAGCAAGGAGUGCGGCUCAGGUUACCAGUCACGUCUGGUCUUCUGUACCUUUGAUAACGAAGCGUAUUCUGAUUACUUGUGUGCCUCCAUUCCUCGACCCCUCAGUAACCGCACAUGCAAUGAGCAGCAAUGUCCACAAACCCGCAGGUUGGCGUAUGUGUACGAGCCGCAUUCGUGGAGGCCCAUGGAAGCACCACGAGUCAAUGUACAAGUGUACAGCUGGGUGACCGGCGAGUGGAACCCGUGUCCGGUGACCUGUGGAGGGGGUCUUCAGGUGAGGAGAGUGGAGUGUAUGUCUCACGACUCAGCUGGAUCACGAGUGGUUGAGGAUUCCCAGUGUGCCUCCUACGCGCCCAGACCGCUCAACCAACAGAACUGUAACAUGCAGAGAUGUGCUCAAUACAGAGUUUCCAGCUGGAGCCAGUGCUCUGUGACGUGCGGCUCUGGGAAACAGACACGAGAUGUGGUGUGUGUGGGUUCAGACGGAGCUUCUCUGGAGGACUAUGCGUGUGGGACCCAAGCGAAGCCGCCCAGGACUCAGGCCUGUGAGAUGCCUGUGUGCAGGAGCCCCAUUGGCUGGCAUAUAGGAGACUGGGGCCUGUGCUCUAAGAGCUGUGGCUCGGGGCUGCGGGAACGGCAGGUGAUCUGUUCAGACAGACAGAGAAACCUGCAGAGGGUAGAGGAGUGUCAGUCCAAACCCAAACCUCCUACCGUGGAAGGAUGUAACGCCCAGCCCUGUUACAGGCCUCAGGAGGUGCCCAGCAUGCAGGACCCAACAGGUCACGAUAACACCAUUCAUGGCUUCCUGCCGUACAUUGAGGAUAUCUUGCAAGAACCUGAAAACAAUGCUGUCCACAAUCAUCACUGUAGCCAGAGCUACUAUGGCUGUUGUCCUGAUGGAAGUACCCCAGCCAGUGGACCUCAGCACCAAGGCUGUCCACAGGACCAAGGCCCACCAUCGUGCACAUGGAGCAGGUAUGGCUGUUGUCAUGAUGGUGUGACCAUAGCCCAAGGUCCCAACAAGGGGGGUUGUCCAGAUUCCUGGUCACACUGGUCUCCAGCAUCAGAUAUACCAUCUGCACCCACAGACUGCCAAACAUCCACUUAUGGUUGCUGCUAUGAUGGUGUGACAGCCGCUGGUGGUACUAAUGGGGAGGGGUGCUCGAACUCCCCCAGCAAUACACAACAUUCUCUGUCCUGUGACCUACCAUACACGGUUGGGCCAUGCGAUCAGUGGACAUCCCGUUACCACUACGACCGCUCUGCCUCGCGCUGCAUGCAUUUCUGGUAUGGUGGCUGCCAUGGUAAUAGCAACAACUUCGCCUCGGAGGAGGAAUGCCAGAGGAUGUGCUCGAGAUCUGAACUGAGCCAGCGGGACCAGGCGCACGUCUUGUCUUUGCCGCUUGGUGGCCGCCGCUUCCCUGCACGUAUCCGCCACAGCUCUAGCGGUGCGACCCACACACACCGGGCUCACCGGCCGGACCCCAGUGUCAUGCAGCAGAGCAGCCUUGCUGCCAGCUGGACAGCUCUAGGUGUGAAUAUAGACAAGUCGGAUCCCUCCACGGUGGAGGGGCUGGUUGGUCAGCAGGUAGUGUUGCCCUGCAGGGUGAGUCCUCGGCCCUCCUCCACUGUGAACGUGGAGUGGAGACGCGAUGGUGUCCCUGUUGAGCCCGCCAGGCAUCAGCAGCAGUUGGACGGCUCUCUGUUGGUUGGUCCCAUAACACGGCAGGAUUCUGGCUGGUUUCUGUGUGUGGCUACAAAAGACCGUGACAGAGAUCACCGCUACAUUUACCUGUCUGUCUCAGGAACAGCUCACAAUAGCGGAGGAAUAUCAGAGGUGGAUUCUUCUCAAUCGUACACAUCACAUUCAUCUUCCAGGUUCAACAUUGAUUAUUCGUCUCUGGUCGAGGCUCGAGCAGGUCAGACGGCCAAACUGCGGUGUGCAGUGCUGCCAGCCUCCGCCGUGCACGUGGUGACCGUUCACUGGAGCAGAGCUGGACAGCCGCUUAACUCACUCAGGCAUUCUCAACACUCUGACGGCACACUGGUGAUUAACCAGCUGACGUCAGAUGAUUCAGGGUUUUAUACGUGCACAGUCACGGACGCCCAGAAGUCUGAAGAACGCCAAAUCCAGCUCAAGGUUUUUGGUGACCUCAGGAUCACUAAAACCCCCACGGAUGUCGAUGUACAGCAGGGCAGCACUGCUCAGCUGCCCUGCGUAGUGACCGGAGAAAAUGUGAACGUUGGCUGGUCACGAAACGGUGUGCCAGUGCGACCGGACGGACAUCAUGUGCAUGUGUCGGCAGAUGGGACGCUAAUACUAAAUAAUGUCCAGUCAGUGGAUGAGGGGACUUACACCUGCAAUGCCUACACUGGGACAUACUCCGUCAGUGCAGCGGCUGAAGUGCGACUGGCCAAAUCCCCUCAACAAGAUUUUGCCGGGUUGUCGCCGGACUGCGUGGAUCAUCCUGAAUUGGCAAACUGUAAGCUGAUUGUGUACGCGCGCCUGUGCUCCAGCCAGUAUUACUCCAGUUUCUGCUGCGCCAGCUGUGCCAGAUAUGCCAGGGACAAAGAUAGACCUAGACAAAUCAGAUAGGUCAGGUACAAUGAAUCCCACGGCCUCAUUGGUCGAUUCAGAAUGACAUUCACCCACUGUGUACAGAGACUCACCUCAUAAUUCAACAUCAGCAUCACCGGCUGCUUCAACUCCAUAUCAGCACUGACCUCAGAUAUGAUGAUCUGAGAUUUGGCGCAUUUCAUUUUUCAGGCACAUUCAGAUCAGAGUUUAUUUAUCUUUGUCUUAUACAGCAUCUCUGUGUGUGCAUUUUUGUGUGUAACAAAGCGCAAAUGAAUGUUCAGUUUGGAUUAUUAACAGGUCAUUGAAACUGUAAAACAAAACUUAUGUCUUUGUCUAUGUAUUGUUGUAACGUGUGUAGGAUAUACUAGCAGUUAAAAACAAAACUGGUAACAUGAUUUGGAUCCCUUUCAUGUAUUUUGAAUGUGUAGACUUUGAUGAUGCACCGAAAUUCAGGCAACCGAGAAUUUUCCAUUUUGGCUGAAACUGUUUUGGAGGGCCGAAAUCAUUUACUGAAACAGUGUCAUUUAAUUAGCACUAUCUUUAUGCUUUAAUUGUUAAUUUUUUAAUUUUCAGAUUCUGUCAAUUUAUAAUGAAAUUUCAACAAUAAAUGUGGUUUUGCCACUCGUUAAUGUGUCAUGACAGAUCGCUGUAGCGCUUCUGAUCAUCUCUUCCUCUUUACUACUAGUUACAGCAUCAAAUAAACACGAAUGAACAUCAGAAGGAACAGAACAACUUACUGAAAUGAAUCAUGUCUCUCGUGUAAUCACUCAGCAUUUCAACUGCAUAAAAAAAAUAAAACAGCUUGCAAACAAUGUCAUGUAAUGUUACCUUAGAGAAGACAAUCUCCAUUAUUUGUUUGUUAGUAAAAGAGAAAAAUGAACUCUAGAGAGAAACAUUUUGGUAAAUAUAUGCACUGUGUUAUAUAUUCAUUAUAUUUUACUUUUUUACAGGCAUAGUUUAAAUGUUUCUAUUUUAACAACAAAUUGAACUUAUUUUAUCAGUUAAAAGUUGAUAUGAAACAUGCCUUGAAUAGUUAGAUUUAAAUGUUUAUAUGCUGCAUUAUAUUAUAUCAGUGUUAAUUAGUAAAUACAUUGGAUUAAUUAAUUAAUUAUUAAAUUCCUGUGUCAGUUUUGGGCUAAUUGGUUUUGGGCUAUUUUUGAUUUUGAUAUUUCAGUAAGAUGUUAAUUUCGGUGCAUCAUUAGUAGAUUGAUUUUUGUAAGUGAAAUGUAUGCACAGUAAUGCCUAUGUUAGUAUGUUUGAAUUGUAAUGCCGUGUAUGAGAUAAAUUUAAUUAUGGCACAUAAACCAGUAAAUACCAAAGAAGGAA